UAAAAAAUAUUUCCCCAUUCCACAUAAUUCUGUUAAGGAGUAUUGCUGUGUGGGGAUUUCCAAAAUAGAUGAUCGAUAUACGUUUAAAGCACGUUUUAAAAAUAGGAAACAUGCUGAUUGUGGAAGGCAAAAAAGAUGCCGGGUGAUCUCGUUGGAGGAUGUGUAGUGGCUUUAGCUUUGCAUGUUGCUACUGGAACGGGAUUCAUUUAAUGCUGUUUUGGUUAUCUGACAAUGUUUUAACCUUUUGUUUGUGCUAACAGUUAAACUGUGCCAUGAAAAGAUAUUUGCCACCUUCCCUCUAUUAUUGCAUAUUUGUCACCCUGAAAUGGUUUCAGGUCUUUAGACAAAAUGCAAUAUUACAAAAAGGGAACCUGAGUAAACACAAACUACAUUUAAAAAAGAUUAUUGUCAUUCAUUUAAUUAAAAAAUGUAUCAAAUGCCUAGAUCACCAAUGUGAGAAAGUAAUUGCCCCCUUAAACUUAAUAACUGGUUGUACCCCCUCUAGCAGCAAUAAAUGCAAUCAAACGCUUCCUAUAAUUUAUCAAUCUUUCACUCUUCUUCACAGAAUUGAUUUAAUCCAUACAAAUUGGAAGGUUUUCUUGCAUGAACUGCUCAUUUCAGGUCCUGCCUCAGCAUCUCUGUUGAGUUCAAGUCAGGUCUCGGCCUGAGCCACACCAAAACUUUAAUUUUGUUUCUUUUCAGCCAUUCAAAUGUGGACUUGCAUUAAAGAAUAAUAUAUUCAUUUCAACCACAGCAAUGUAAUUUCCCUUUAAAAAGUCUGUAUGAGAGAUUGUUUAGGAGGUUGCUAAGGAACUGGACAGGGGCAAGGGCGCACAUGUCUGAUAUGGAGGAGAUGUACAUUUUCAUGUACAGCUAUUGAAGAAAAAUCAAGCAUGCGGCUGCAGGACCGGAGGAGGAUGUGCUCGCGGUACCGCUGCCGCCUCUUCGGCAUGACGUCCCUGGUCACGGCCACGCUCGCCUGCCUGUACGUCUUUGACCUCACCCUGCCCUCUCUGUCUCUGGCUCCCACCAAGGAGUGGUGGGGGAGGGUCCACAUGAACCUUCCUGCGAGCAUUUCUGGGACAACUCAAAAGCCCCGCCCAGCUCUGACUAACGUUAGUGAUGUUACUAAUAUUACUAGCACCGUCAGUGUUGCCGCUGUCACGAACAUUUCCACAAACGCCCCCGAACCCCAGUGGGAGGACCCGGGACCUUACUGUGUGGCCUACCCGCGCAGGUACCGCUUCGUCCUGGACGAGCCGGACGCCUGCCGCGCGCAGAACCCCUUCCUGGUGCUGAUGGUGCCGGUGGCCCCCCAGGAAUGGGUCGCCCGCGACGCCAUCCGCCGGACCUGGGGCAAGGAGCGGCUGGUCCAGGGCAAGAGGGUGCUCCUGUUCUUCGUGCUGGGGCUGCCGGGCGGGGCGGAGCCCGGCGGGGCGGAGCUGGGCGGGGCGGGGGCGGAGCCGGAGCGGGUGCAGAAGGAGCUGCGCAAGGAGCGGGCGGUGCACCGCGACCUGCUGCAGGCCGACUUCCGGGACAGCUACUACAACCUGACCAUCAAGACCAUAAUGAUCCAGGAGUGGGUGGCCUCCCGUUGCCCCGGCGCGCCCUACGGCAUGAAGAUCGACUCGGACAUGUUCCUCAACGUGGACAACCUGGUGGCCAUGCUGCUGGCCUUCCCCGAGCCCCGGCGCAACUACAUCACCGGGAUGCUAACUAAGGACGGUCCGGUGGUCCGGGACCCGAGGUCCAAGUGGUACCUGCCCGUGGAGGUGUACCCUGAACCCACGUUCCCCUCUUACCCUUUGGGGAUGGGCUACGUCUUCUCCACGGACCUCUCCAGGAGGAUUGUGGACGUCUCCAGGAAGAUGAAGCCCGUGUACAUCGAGGACGCCCACCUGGGCAUGUGCCUGAAACGCCUGGGUGUCUCGCCCACGCACCCGCCCAGACUUGCCCUGUUCAAAGUCUACCAGCCCAAGCCCUACGACCGCUGUCACUACGCCAAGGCCAUCACCACCAUCCUCGACUCCCCCCAGAUGCUCGUCGACUACUGGGAAGACUUACAAAAGCCAGGCCCUCCUUGUUAAAAAAAAAACUCCUUGUUAAAACUUGUAAAAUAGGGGUCGGCAACCCUAGUCCUGGCGAGCCACUGGAUGAGUUGACUUCCCCUCAAGUAGUAACUCCAGGUUGACAAGGAUUAACAGAAAUCCUCUUGAUGAAGUUUAUUUAUUUAGCCACAGACCUGGUACAUGAAUUGCAUUGAGCGCAGGUUGGUCAGUGUGUAUGCCUCAGCGUUCCCAAUCUCUCACAUGUACGUUGUUCUAUUUAUAUAAUAUUGUCUGUUGUUCUUUUCAGAGAAGAGUCAUUUAUCGAACCGAACUUAAACGAGAAACCAAACAGUAAAAGAAAGAUGCACACAACUCCAAACUGGAGACAGGUGGAACGGAGCCAGAUUAGACUUAGAAACAGUGAGGAGGUCUGUAAAUUUAAGACGCUUUUGUUCAGCCAAUCAGGAUGUCAGUAUUAUCAGAAUUUUUUGACAAGCCAAUCAGGUGACCAACAUUACCGUUAAGCUAUAACUGACUGUGAAACCACAUUGAUUUUCUCUUCACAUACAUGUGCUUUUCUGCAGUAAAUCCCCUGUUUGACACAUUUUCAUGUGAAGCGAAAAACUUAACUUCCCAUCAACUGUCAAGUACAAGCUUGCCAUGCACCACCCAACACUGUAUGUUUCUCAGCAUAAUAGACUAAAGAAGAUGAACUUGUCAAAUUAGUGCUGAAAUAUGAAUGUAUUUUUUUUUAUUUAACAUUUUUUAUUGCAAGAUAAAUGUCAUAUAACUGCUCUCAUUUUUGACGAGAGCACUUCCCACUGCUUCUAUCAAAACCUAACAUGCCUCGGUACAACAUUUAAAAAUACUGUAACAUGUCCUGUAACUGUAACAAACUGGUGGCUCUACUCAGUACAGUACAAGUCUAAUAUUUCAGCCUGCACUCACACGCUCAUACCUGUGGGCGUGGGGAAUGGGGACAAUCUACACAGAAGGGCCCGGGCUCAGGAUUCGAAUAUCUGAAACAUCUGUGUAAAUUCCAUAAGCGAAGCCCCUGAAAAGACAGCCGUUUGGUUUUCUGUGUAUUUCAGCACCACUGAUUCCUUGGAAGUUAUUGAUUGGCUAAAAAGUCCAGACAAUUUUGGCUCAAAUUUAGCUGCUGACUGAACGGAAAACAAACACACAAACAAACAAAAAAAAAAAAACACAAAAAAGUGGCCCUGUCUAAGUUUGACACCCCUGCUUCAGAC